AUGACCGAACCAGACCACAAACCCUCCCUCCAGGAACCAUCGAAAGACGCCCAAGAAGACAUCGCCCAGGGCAUCGACAUUGAUUUGCAAAAUGUCGUCCUCGACCCAAAAAAGGAGCGCAAACUCCUCCUCAAACUCGACCUCGCCUUUGUCCCCAUCAUCAUGCUGACCUAUCUGUCCUGCUUUCUCGACCGAACCAACAUCGGAAAUGUCAAAGUAGCAGGCAUGCCCGAAGCCAUCGGCGCCUCGCCCAGCCAAUUCUCCACCGCCGUCUCCAUCUUCUACGUGACCUACGUGCUCCUCGAAGCCCCCUGGGCCGUGCUCAUGAAGAAGCUCACCCCGCGGAACAUCCUCACGGGGCUGUGUAUAGUCUGGUCCAUCACCACCGUCUUCACGGGGUUCGUGACGAAUGUCCCCGCGCUGUACGCUACCCGCCUGAUCCUCGGCGCCUGCGAGGCAGGCCUCUUCCCCUGCCUGAAUCUGUACCUGACGAUGGUCUACCGGCGCGAGGAGCAAGCAAAGCGCGUGUCGUACCUUAUGAGCUGCGCCGCGAUUUCCGGGGCGUUUGGCGGCUUGCUUGCGUAUGGACUGUUGCAUAUGGAUGGGAUUGGGGGGAAGGCUGGUUGGAGAUGGGUCUACAUAAUCGAAGGCCUCUUCAGCCUCAUCUGCGCCUUUCUCAUUUGGUUCGGCCUCCCCAACGACCCGUCCAACGCUUACUUCCUCACCCCCGACGAGAAACACAUGAUGCGGGUGCGCAACGCCCAGCGAGCCGCCUACAUGGGCAGCGACGAGUUCAGCUGGGCCGAGAUGCGGAUCGCCGUCACCGACCCCAAGCUCGCAUUCAGCGCCAUCACGCAAUUCUGCCAGGAUAUCCUGCUGUACGGGUUCAGCACUUUCCUGCCCACCAUCCUCAAGGGGAUCGGGUACGAUUCGCUGAUGAGCAAUAUCCUCACCGUGCCGGUGUACUUCUGGGCGGCGAUUGUGUUUGUGAGUGUGGCGUGGGCGGCGGAUCGGUAUAGUCGCUUUGCGAUGUUCCUGCUGGUCACGAAUGUGUUCGGGCUGGUGGGGUAUAUUCUGUUGCUGGCGGUGUCGAACAAUGCGGUCAAGUAUUUCGCGACGUAUCUGAUCGGGAUAGCGACGUACACCGGGGUCGGGCUGAACAUCGCCUGGCUGAAUGUGAAUGUGGCGCCGCAUUACCGCCGCGCGCUGGAGAUUGGGCUCCAGCAGACGAUUGGCAAUCUGGCGGGGAUUGUGUCUGGGCAGAUCUAUCGGACGUCGCCGUAUGUGCUUGGGAAUUCGUUCUCGUUGGGGGCGCUGGUUGUUGCGCAGGGGGUGGUGCUGGGGCAUGCGGUUUAUCUGCGGAGGGAGAAUAACCUCAAAGUAAAGAUUGAGGCGGGGGAAAAGGAGGAUACGAGGCGUGUUAGGACGGGGGAUAAGGCGUUGGAUUUUGUGUAUCAUUAUUGA